AUGAGGAGCAAUUUUUUUCCAUUAUUUAUUAUUCAUUUUCAUUAAAAGAGCAUUAAAUUUCAUCGCAAUUUUAUUCUUGAAUCUAUCUCACCAUAAGAUUACUCUCCAUUAUCUUCCUUACUUCUCUCUUGUACUAAAGACCCAUAUGCUUCAACAGCAAAGUACAGACGUAGCACUCUAAGAAUUGAUCUACUCUAAGCGUUGUAGAUAAUAAUUAUGAAGUUGAUCUCAAUCAUCAAAACAAAAAUUUAUUAAAAUGAAAUUUAACCUACGAAAUUUGAUUAUAAAUAUAUUUUACUUGAGUAUAUAAAUAACUUAAAAAUUAAAAAAGUUAUUUUUCUCUUAACAAUAAAAACUAAAUAGUUAAAGUAAAUAUAAAUAUUAGUAUAUAUUUUCAUUUAAUAAUUUAAAGAAUAAAAAUAUUAAAUAUGCUCAAAACUAGUAGAUAUUUAUAAAGAGAACAAAAAACAAAAUAGCAAUUCAAUUCAAAGAAACACUAAUAUGUUUCUUUAAUUUUAUUUUUUAAAGUUUAUCAAAGUAAUUUUAGAUUGA